AUGAAAGUUGUCACAAACAUUUUGCAAUUUGAAACUCGAAGCGGUGAAAUCAACCAUGUAAACAAUCAUGUCAACAAUCAUGUAAACAACCAUGUGAACAACCAUGUGAACAACCAUGGGAACAAACAUGUGAACAACCGUGUGAACGUAAGUGUAAGUAACGUGAAGCAUUUUGUAAACAGCUAUGUAAACAGUACAAACCAUAUCUUGAAGAGUCAUUUAAAAUACAAUGAGACGAACGAAGUUUUAAAAAAUCCAACAAACACCGAAAUAAACCCCAACAACUUGCUUGAAAUCUGCAACAACAAUAUCUGCAAAGUCUCCCAGAGCUGCUACAACAACAGCAACAACAACAACGACAGUUUUUGCAACAACCCAAAUGACAUUCAUUGCAUUAACCACAAUAAGGUUAACAACAACAACAAUGAGCACAACAACAACAAUGAACACAUCAUCAACAGCCUAAGUUUUAGUGAAAAGGACUUUGGAAGCAGUAGCAGCAACAACUUAAACAACGACGCUAUUAGCAACAAAACAAACGCCAUGGACAUCAACUACAACAACAUUAACAACGCUAACACACAUCAACAUGCAUACCACAACGACAACAACAACAACCACAACAACAACAAACAUCUGCUUAUAAACUCUGACGUCACCACGGUACCAUCCGUCAGGAACUUCCAAAUUUCUCAUUACAUAAUUGGAAACCAGUCCAUAAAUAACCGCCAAUCAAAUUCAAGAUACCAAGAAAGUUGUCUAGAGAAAAAUAAUAUGUUCAAUUUUAGUAACAACAACAACAAUAACAAUAAAAGUAAAAAUGUCGGAAUGAGUAGCAAUCCAGACAGCAACAACAACAUCAACAUUACACUAACUGACUUCGAAAGCACUAACAACAAAAACAACAACAAUGACAACAACAGUCAUAAUAACAAUAACAACAAUAACAACAACAACAAUAACGUAACUACAUUUGAAUUGAAACGUUCAAAUAGGCAACCAACUAACUCCACGCUCUACAAUCUGGGCCAGAGCUCGCAUGACGAUGAAGGCUCUAUAAAUUAUGAUAAUAAUAAUAAUCAUAAUAAUAACAACAACAACAACAACAACAACAGCAACAAUAACAACAACCAUAAUAAUAAUAAUAAUAACGUUUAUAACAGCAGCGUUAUUACUUGCACUAGCAGAAGAAACAGUAACGCGGUUUUAAAUGUUAACAAUAUUUACAAUGACCAUAAAAAAAACGAACACAACAACAACAAUAACAACAACAAUAAUAAUAAUAAUAAUAAUAAUAACAUCAAUAACAACAAAAACAAUAGUAUUAUUAGUAAUUAUAGUAAUAGUAAUAAUAAUUAUUUUUAUUAUUAUAGCUAUAAUAUUAAUAAUAAUAUAAACGAACCAAACAAUACUCAUGCCAGACCACACAAUGGCAUGACGAACGACGUCUCAACUAAGAAAAGUCAGAUGAGCCGACUCGACAAAGACGACCCACAGCACAACAAUGAGUUGUCUUCAGAUGGCGGGCUCAAAUUUGAAAAUUUUAUUCAAGAUCUAAAUAAAUUAGCGAGUCAGGUAGACGAGACGAAAGUUUACACAAACGCUACUACUGCUUCGGCUUCUGCUGCUGCUACUAUUGCUACAUCAACAACAACAACUGCUACUACUCCAACAAUAACAACAAUAAUUACAACACGCGUUACAGAUGAGUCGAAGUCAACAAUAACAAUUUCAGAAACGACUAAAUUUCUUACCACUUCAGCAACAACAACAUUUACAUUGACAUCAACCGCAACAUCAAUUACAACAAACUGGAGUGACGUCAUGAAGGAACCCCCGCGAAGACCUCCCCUGCGUACGACCUCGCUGCACCACUAUGACGUCACGACUAACGAUGCCCGCGUAUCACGUGAUUGGAGAAGGUACAUCAAAUUGAACUGGAAUCUGUCGAACAUCACUAAGUUUAACAGGAACCGUAAGUACAAGGACAUCAGCAACAACUUUCUUAUCAGCAGCAGCAGCAACAACAACAACAGCAGCAACAACGAUACUAUAGUUUCAGACAACAACAACAACAUAUCUGUUGGUCAACAAAGUCGCAGUCAUACACUCAGGCAGAAUUUAAUGAGCAACAACUUUCAAAUGCGAACUGAUGAUCAUGAGCAGAUUGCUUGCAACAACAUCAACAACAACAACACCAACAACAACAACAUCAACAACAACUACAACAUUACAGAGCAUAGAAUUACAAACACGUUAAACACAAAAACAGUAGCAACAGCAGCAACUUCAACAACGACAAUAUCACAUAUACAAGCUACCACAUUGGCAGCAUUAUCGAAAACAGCAAAAACCACUUUGACAACAAGCGCUUCAGUAACAACAACAACAACAGCCAUCCACAGCAGCGUCUCAUGCUCAACUUUUGAUGACGUCAUCAUCAGCAGCAACAGCAGCAGCAGCAGCAAAACAAACACAGGAACGCUGCUGGACAGACUGCACAAAAGUUUGUACCCUUACCUCUACAAACACACCUUCAACUACAACAGCCAAGAAGUUAACACGCACAACAACACAAAAAACAACAACAAUUGCAACAAUAUUUUAAAUUCUAACCUGAAACUGGUAACAUACAACAACAAAAACAACAACAUCAACAAUAACAACAACAUCUUGGAUGUCGUCACAAGUUGUUAUAGAGACAACAAUCCCACAACAUGCAUUAGCAGUCAUCCAGAGAGCAACAACAUCACCAGUAACACUAAACAAAACCACAACAGCAUCGGCGGCAACAACAACGACAACAACUUCACCACUACCAGCAUCAACAUGUUACAUAACUCCGACCACAAAUCAUUGAACCAACAUGUCAGGAUAAGCAAACAGAAUAAAAAAUUCAGUGUUAGCGGCAGCAGGUUAUUUAAAAGAUGUGCCAACAUCAGCCAAAAUAACAACAACAUCAACAACAUCAAAAACAACAUCAACAACAACAACAUCAGCAACAACAACUUCAACAACAACAUCAACAACAACAACAACAGCAUCAACAACAACAUCAACAAUAACAGCAUCAACAAUAACAUCAACAACAACAUUAUCAGCAACGACAAAAAAAGCUACAACGUACAACGACCACUUAUUAUUGCAAACAAAUAUUUUGCCGACGUCAAGUUGGAUGAUACAACCACCACAAAUGUUGAUAAUGAUGACGAUAAUGAUGAUGAUUAUGAUUAUUACCAUGAUGAUGAUGAUGAAAAUGAUGAUAGUGAUGAGACAAAGAAGGAUGUGACAGGCGAAAACAUCAUCGUCAGUAGCAAUGUUGCCAACAAAACGUGCCGAGCGAGGACCCUUGAAAAUGGCGCCAAACUAACUAACAACCUUACACCUGGUGAGUGGAAAUAA